AUGUUCAAAUUGGUGGUGUUGUCUGCUUUGCUCGUGGUGGUAGCCGCUCGUCCCGGUCUCUACGAAUCCUCCUUAGUUUACGCGGCUCCAGCUGCCCAUACGACCAUAGUGCAGGAGCCAGUCCUGGCUAAAGUUGGCGCCGUUGUAAAGAGUAUUCCCACUGCUGUUUCCCACCAGAGCCAAUCUGUGGUACACAGCUCCGCCCAUGUAGUUCAGGAUGUCGUUGCACCAGUGGUGAAGUCAACUCCUGUGGUAACCUACGCCGCUCCUGCUGUUGCUCCUGUUGUCCAUGCCACCUAUGCAGCCGCUGCUCCAGUUGUGCAUACUUCCUAUACCGCCGUUGCACCUGUAUUGAAAACAAUUCCCUCACCUGUGAUUUACAAUGCUGGGUGGUAAAUGAUAACGGAAA